UAUCAUAUAAAUCUCAGCUUCCCUUCUAAGGGUCACCUACAUAUUGCCACGUGUGCGAAGUGCAUCUCUUGGAAGUAUUCGAUGAAUGAAUCAAGACUCGGGAACAUGUGUGGAUAAUUCCAAUACGGUGACGACGCUGUGUAUGAUCCGGCACUUUGCCAUGUGCUUUUACUCCCCGCACUGCUAUAUUUGGCCGGCUAAGCAGGGUGGCUGAAUGGUAGCGACAGCUCUCGAUAUUAAAUCUCAUACCUUGAUUUUCUCUGAUCUUCAUCCGUUCACAACUUGGUUCUUUUUUCCACCUAUCUGGUAGAUAUUCCGAACUCCGACCGUUCUGGUUUCAUAUGGAUGGAGAUGGUCCGGUUCUCUCUCUAUCCUACUUCCCAAAACGGGAGAGUAUACACUCACUUCCGGCAACGUUAUACUUGAAGGGCCGAACCAAAACUAUAAGAAUGAUGUGAAGGCAGAGGUCGACGUACCUCUCAGUCCGCGUUUCGGUGUAGAUUCCCUUCAUAUGUCAGGCCACCAGUAUGGACUUGUCCGCCAACCCCUCGGAAUUAGCUCAUGACGAGAGAGCUAAUGCACUUAUUACUGUAGUAUGUAUUGUAUGCACCGUGGCUACAGUCUCCGUAGGACUACGUUUUUAUACUCGAUCGUGUAUUCUCAAGCAACUUGGCGCCGAUGAUUAUCUGAUAUUUAUUGCAUGGGCAUUUGCCCUAGCAACAGGGAUUUCUCAAUCUAUGAAUACACGCAACGGGUUAGGUAGGCAUGUGUGGGAUCUAGGUAGCGUUGUCGAGCUUAGGAAUUACCUGAAGGGUUUCUAUGUCUCAAUUAUACUCUACAACACGGGACUUUUGUUCGUCAAGCUGGCUUUCUUGACACAAUACUACCGGGUGUUUUCUCUCAAAAACAUGCGGUUGACCUUCAUUGCUGCCAUGAUUAUAAUUGGCUGUUGGUCGCUGUCUCAAAUCAUCGUCGCAAUAUUCAUCUGUGAUCCAGUUGAUGGUUUUUGGAAACAAUCAGCCGAUUCUAAAUGCAUACCCAACUAUCCUCAGUGGUACAUCAAUGCUGCGGGAAACAUAACAACGGAUAUUGUUAUUUUCGUGUUGCCGCUACCAAUUCUGAGGCAUCUACACAUGCCUCGAGCUCAGCGGCUCGUUCUUAUCGGCAUCUUUAGCCUCGGAUUCUUCACCUGCGCCAUAUCUGUCAUUCGUGUUAAGUUUCUCAAGCAAGGAGGCGAUUUCUCGUAUGAAAAUGUCGAGGGAUCAAGUUGGUCCACUACUGAACUUUGCUCGGGCGUUACUUGCGCAUGCCUACCAACAUUGCGACCUCUUAUCUCUAAAUGGAUACCUUCUCUCUCAAAUCGCCUCCAUAAGCCAAUGAAGAGUUACAAGAGACACUCCGAUUCAUGUAGAGCCGCCGUACAGAAAGCAAGUCGACACAUGCGUUUAGGCUCUGGCGCAAGUAAUAACCUGGAUAUGAAGAGUGAAGAGGAGCUUUUCUACUGUAUUGGUGUAGAAGCGCAUGCGAGUAAUAGUGCGGAUGGCUCAGAAGACCUCUCAGAUAUGAAGGAACAUGAAAGAAAAUUGUCGGGUCGCGAACAAACCUCACCAACCCCGCCGCCCUGUGCCCGUGUGGCGUCGCACAAAUAUUAUAACUGGAUGGAAUCAUCUGUCACCACGGAAAUCGGCACAGAAGGGGGUAGCAAGAGACUUAGCUCUAACCCAAAUCUCUCUGCAACUGUUAUUCAGGUUCGACACGAUGUCGUAGUGCACAAGAUAUAGCUACAGCUUCAGUAAAUAAAAUAUAAUAAGAUAAUUGGAUAGGUUGUUCCUGGCCUUUAAAGGAUGUUAC